UCACUAAGUACUUUUUUCUGUUUGUGUGCUUAAAACCCCAAGAGCCCUCCCACCGCACUAUCACAACUAACCAAAAAUCAAUUCUUGUUUUGUGGGGUUUUUGUUGAAUUUUCAUUGAAAAUGGGAAGGAUAUUUGUUGUAGAUCUUGAAGGCAGGACAUACAAGUGCAAAUUCUGCAAAACCCACCUUGCCCUUGCUGAUGACCUUGUUUCUAGGGGAUUUCAUUGCCGCAGAGGAAAAGCAUACCUGUUCAAUAAAGUGGUGAACGUAACUAUUGGACCUCAGGAGGAGAGGGUGAUGCUUUCUGGGAUGCACACGGUAGCAGAUAUAUUUUGUUGCUGUUGUGGGCAAAUUGUUGGCUGGAAAUAUGAGGCUGCGCACGAGGAAAGCCAGAAGUAUAAAGAAGGGAAGUUUGUUCUUGAAAGAGAUAGGAUCAUUGAUGGAGUUGACACUGAAUUCUACAUCGAUACUCGUCAAAGUAUCAGUGAUGCCGAGGAUGCAUAGGCUUUGUUAUGUUAUGUAUCUAAACAUGUGUGGUUGUUGUAUCUUGUAGGUCUAGUUUGUAGAUAUAAGGAAGAAGCUGUUUGUGUCAAAAUGUUGUGUGGCUGUAUCUUGUAGGUCUAGUUUGCAAGUAUAAAAAGAAGUUUAUGCUUAAGUAUUUGGUCUACAGUACAUGAUCUUUUCAUCAUGUACCAAAAAAUAGAACAUAGGACCUAGUAUGAUUGUAAGCUACCAAACUACUUAAACUAAAAAUAGCCAGCGGAUGUAUAAAUUAUGGAUAAUUUAUAUAUACAAUUUGAACUAGUA